AGUGAGCGGCGCGUUCACUUGACAGCACACGAAGACGGCGCGUUCACGACAAUCGAGGGCGCGCCCGUAAACGUUGCUCAGGCUUCAAGAUGGCGGAAGCCCUGACAACCCAAGAAGAGGUGGCGGUGGAGGAGUUCCUGGCUGAAUUAAGAUGCAGGGAACAGUCGCAGAACGCCACCCUCGUCAGUCAGAUCACUGCCGUCAAGUUUCUCAUGGCACGAAAGUUCGACGUCUCCAGAGCCAUAGACCUCUUCCAGGCUUACAAGAAUACUAGGAUAAAGGAAGGUAUCUACAAUAUUAACCCACAUGAAGAACCUUUGAGGACGGAGUUAUUGAGUGGCAAAUUUACGGUCCUGCCAGGGCGUGACGCUAAGGGUGCAGCCUUGGCGCUCUUCACUGCUCGUCUCCACCGUCCUGACUUCACUACCCAUAAGGCUGUUCUUCAAGCCAUCAUCUAUCAGCUGGACAAAGCCAUAGAGAGCCUGCAGACUCAGAGAGAUGGUCUUAUAUUCAUCUACGACAUGACAAACUCCACCUACGCCAACUUCGACUACGAACUCUGCGUCAAAAUUUUAAACCUUCUCAAGGGAGCGUUUCCUGCCAGGUUAAAGUGCGUGUUCAUCGUGUCGUCGCCACUCUGGUUUCGAGCGCCGUUCGCCGUACUGCGGCUUUUUGUGCGAGAGAAACUCCGAGAGAGGGUGUGUACAGUAAAAGGUCAUGAACUGGCCAAUCACAUCCCGGUCAGCUCUCUCCCAGAGCACCUGGGUGGCUCAUCACAGUACAGCCACAUGGCCUGGAUCCAGUCAUGUGUUAAUUCCACCCUGAACAACUCCACUGAUGGCAACACAGACUGCUUGGAUGGUCUGCUGCGCUCCUACUGCCAGGACCAAAACCAGACAGCCAACGCAAACCCAGGUGCCACGUUGCUUGGGAACAGCCUUGACGACGGCAACGCUAAUCCUCAGAACCACCGGCACACCCAUUGGAAUGGCCUGACACCACUUGGCUCGAACGCCAACAUCGCCAAUGGCCGUCAGGCUCCACCCCCUCAGUCAGACACGCCCCCGGACACGCCCCUGCACCACAAAAACAAUACAGAAACACUGUCCACACCAAAGGGAGGCCUGAAUGACUGCCGGCGAGACGGCAACGGCACGGAGCAGGAAGCUGACUUUCUUGGCGAGGAAGCGGAAGCAAGCGAUGGGGUCCCGCCCCUUCCUCAAAAGUCGUCGAGGCCGACACCCCUGUCGCGUAGCCCAGCCCACGAGACAAGCUGGCCACUUGGAACGGCGUCGGUACAUACAGCUGAGCCAGGGGGAAUGACGGUGCAGGAGCUGGUGCAGCACGUCAAAACCAAGAAGAAGAAAGGCAUCUACCAGGAGUACGAGGAGAUCCGGAAAGAGCCACCUGCUGGAACCUUUGAUUACUCCAAGAACCCAGCGAACCAGGUCAAAAACCGCUACAGCGACGUGCUCUGUCUGGACGAAUCCCGUGUCCGACUUUGCCCGUUCAAUGACGACGACGAUGAGACAUCAGACUACAUUAACGCGAGUUUCAUGGACGGCUACAAGAUGACGAACGCGUACAUUGCCACUCAGGGGCCUUUGCCAAGAACAUUUGGCGAUUUCUGGCGAAUGGUAUGGGAGCAAGUGGUGUUAAUCAUCGUCAUGACGACAAGAGUCGUGGAGCGAGGCAGAGUGAAGUGCGGACAGUACUGGCCUCUGGAAGCAGGCCGCACAGAGGAGUAUGGGUACUUCCUGGUGAGGAACAUCCAGAUUGAGAUCUUUCAAGAUUUUAAACUUUCACAUCUGGAGCUCUAUAAUAGUCAGACCGGUGAGUGUAGAGAGGUGUCUCAUUACCUGUACAUGAGCUGGCCGGAUUUCGGGGUUCCAAAAUCUGCGUCGGCCAUGUUGGAUUUCCGGGCAGAGGUGAAGCAGAGGCAGGAUCUGGCGUUGCGGACGAUAUUUCCCGAUUGGACGGGACCUCCCGGAGGUCCUCCGAUAGUCGUGCACUGCAGUGCUGGAAUUGGAAGGACGGGUACCUUCUGCACGCUGGACAUUUGUCUCUCGCGCCUUGAGGACAUCGCCACGGUGGACGUGAAGCAGACGGUGCGGCGCAUGCGCACUCAGCGUGCCUUCAGCAUCCAGACGUGGGACCAGUAUUAUUUCUGUUACCGAGCCGUGAUCGAGUACGCACAACAAACAGGACGCCUUGCACCCGUCGAGUGGUCCGACACAGAGCUGGAGACGGACAGCGAGUGACCGAGAGCGUAAGAAUCAAGGUGCCAAAAGAAAACGAGAGUUUCAUGCUCUCUCUCUCUCUUUUUUUUUUUUGGUCCAGAAGGCACGUGUGUGCAGGCGGAGCGCCGCUUUCCUACUCGCCUUUUUUUUUUGUCCCCUUACUGGGAAGAAGAUAUCUAUAUAUAUAAAAAAAAAAAGGCAGGGAGAAGUAAGAGAAAAGGAGCGGAGAUGAGGAUUCACUCGACCUGCCACUUUGCGAUCCCCUUCAGCGAGGCGUGGCUUGGUGCAUGAGCUGUAGCAAAAAAUAACCGACUUUAACACAGCGAACGAGAAACUUGAACUAUCCCCCAGCUUGCCCGUUUAUUUCUCCCCUUCUCUCAGUCUAGACGUCAGAGAUAUUCUGAUAUCGGUCUCGUGUAACUCGGGGGUUUGUCUCACACUUAUAGUGUGAAAGUGUUCAAACUUGAUUCAUCUUUUCUUUCUCUCUCCGUCACAGCACCAUGGUAAGUUGUGUGUGAACUGGGUCCGUUUAUUUUUUUCCCCUUUAUUAUCAUUCUUACGUUUAUCGAAAACUAACCUUCAAACCAAAGGUAACGCGUCGAAUGCUUGGAUGUACCUGUAAUGAUCAUUGUGACUUCAACCUUGUAUAGUCUUGUAAGAUACAUUUAUAUAUUGUGCAUAAUAAUCUUUGGGAAAAAGUCUUGUUUUAAUAUAAUACUCGAUGUUAUUUAGAAAUAUAUAUAUAUAUAUAUAUAUAUAUAUAUAUAUAUAUAUAAAAAUAUAAAAUGAAUAUAUGUAUAGAUAUAUGUUGGGGAAGAAGAAGAGAUUAGAUGAAGAGAUUAGAAUAUCAUCACGCUACUUCCAGUCCUGCAUAUUUUCAUCCUUUUCAUUUCUCUACUUGAUGACUAUCAAUCGGUCGGCCUUGAAUCCAGGGCUCAUGUUCUCCAAGUGACCAGGAAUAGGAGAUUUAAAAAUGAUUAUUAUUAUUUUAUUUUUUUUAAAAAUAGGUUCUGUCUGGUUAACCAGAAUCUUGUUGUUGAUAUCGAAGGUCAAUGUGCGGUGUAUUCCUUAUGAAAAAAAAAAAAAAAAAAAACAACCCAAAAGUGAAUAUGUUUAAAGGAAACUUCUAAGGUCUGAAAUGUGAAAAUGUGUGUUACAACCUGAAGAACCUUAAAAAAAAAAACGAAAGAAAAGGAAAAAAAGGUGUGAAAUGCAUGGACAUGCAUGUACUGAAUAGAUUAAGAUUAGAUCAUUAGAUUGAAAUUAUUUUAGGGGCCAAAAUAAAUAUCACCAGAAGCAGAAAUGAAGAAACUAGCCAGAUCCAUUACAUGUUUAUUUAUUUAUUUUAUUUUCUGAAAACGAUGCUUAGUACAGGUCUCGAAUCACGUUUUUUUCUUUUCUUUUUUCUUUCUUUUCAAUGACAAACUACACAUUUCGUGCGAAGUAUCAUCGUCGUGAUCCGAUCUCCUCGUUCUUAGACGACUUGGGAAAUAGUGGCCUUUAAACUUCGUAUCACUGCCUGUUAAAAAAGAAAAAGAAAAAAAAAGUGCUGAAUUGUAAUCGGACCCUUCUUCCUGCUCGUUUCCUCCUCCCUAAAGCACGGCCUCGUGUCAGUCUGACGUCCCGCGUUACCAUCACGGUGGAAGUUUACGGACUCUUACCCUGAGGUGCGGGUGGAUUGGGACGGAGCCGGCGGUCGUGCGGUGUGAAGUCCCGGGGCUCGGAGAGACCCCGGGGUUUAAUUUGUGCCUUCAAGCUUUCAAGUAUCGCAAGCGAAUCUCGUUCCAAGAGCAGAACUGCAUCCUGCGUACGUUCGUACGUACACGCGUACGAGGAUCAUAUUCGAUCAUCUCAGGGGUAUAUUUGCUGUUGUCCUGGUGUCAAUUUUUUUUUUUAUUAUUAUUAUUCUGUUCUGGCAGUUCGUCAUUUUUUUCAUUCAGCAGUUUGUUUGUAUCGUACAACAGCCUGUAUUAUAGUCCGGGUUUUUUUUUGUUUCUUUUACAUAUUUUUUUUUUUUAUUUAUGUCUGUACAAUUUCAGCAGUAUUUGAAAUCCGUGUGUCGGUACGGCCGAAGAAGAAAACAAAACGUUUGAAUUUGAUAAGCUAACUAAAUCACCUGACUGACUUUGAUUUCAUGCCACUUCUGGAGACAUGUUACUUUGCUGUCGAGCUUUUGGGAGUUAAAGAAGAAUGUCUAUCAACAAUUAUGUUUUUUUGUUGUUGUUGUUUGUUUGUUUUUAAACCAGAAUGCCUGUUGCUGACUGAUUUUGUCCGGGUUUCCUCUUACCAUUAGCGCGCCGAAACUACAUUUUGGGUUGUACGUGAAACCUGCUAACUCGGGAUGUUAUUCAGUUCUAAUAAUGACCAGAACAUAUUAAUAGUAUUCAUUAAAUUGGAGAGGCUGUGUUCCAAUACGCUUUCUUAAACACGCCCCUGUCAGCUUCCCUUCACCUUUUAGGGGCAAUCCUUUAAAUCUAGUCCUGCUUAGACAGAAAGCUACACACUCGUGUAACACAGGGAAUGAAGACACUCGGCGCUGGACACAACCGCGUGUCCAGGACUCUUUUAUUCCUCUUAUACCGCAGCGAUUCGGAAAUGUUCUCAUUUCUUAACGAGCGGCUUGUUAUACUGUACGUUUAAUCCGUUCUCCCUGUUAACACACGUUCUAGCAGCUGUAAACAGUCGUUCCUCCGCCAGCCGCGUAGCCCACGCGGAUCGUCACGUUAACCAAGAACGCAAAACUUACCGACUGUUACAAAGCGCCGACACUGGAGAUUCCUUCUGUAAACGUCUAACGAGCGUCUUCAGAAAACUGUUGCACGCCGUUCUGUCAAAUAACGACGUUUUUACUUCGUUAUUAGCCUCCGCUCACGUGGCGCCUGGUGUGGUGUCCCGCGCAUCAACAUCCACGUGCGAUCGGUCUCGCGGCGCCGUGGCGUAUUGAAUCAUUCACUUUCUGACGAAUCAGAAGCCAGAAUUCGGCUGCACUGAAUUUAUCCGAAACCCUUCCGAGCGAUCAUCAGAAGUCGACCAGGGCGUGUUAAAGCUGUAUCGGAACGCAGGUUUAGACAACGCGACGACGAGUCAUCACGACACGACAAAUCAAAAACGGCAGCCAUUUUGAUUUGAUUUGCGCAUCAGCAACAGGCAGAGAAAAAGACGAAUGUGACGAGUACGGAAGUCGUUUUGUAAUCCGCUCGCCAUCACUCGGAGCAGUUCCUCACAAUGCCUUCUCGUUCAGUUUUAAACUCGUGCAGUGACGAAAAGAAAUAAAAAUAAAACACGAAUGUGGGAGGAAAUAUUUAUAGAUCUACACAUAGCAUUUUUACCCGAUGUUGACUGCUAUUAUGAAUAUUAUGGGAUAUCACAAAAGUCACUAUAAAGCGGUGUCUGUAUAUUAUGAUCGUUUCUGAAACGAAACUCUUGCAUGGACGGACGGCGUCAGGGAAAGAGGAGGCGCGCGCGCGAGGGCGGGAAGGGGCGCGCGGUCGAGUUGCUGUGGUGAUGAUGAUGAUGAUGAUGAUGGGAAUGCAGCUGUAUUUCAUAUAUAAUGGUUUCUCAUCUGUGCCUGAUGUUUUUGUGAUUGAGUAAUGGUCUUUAUACCUGCCGCCUGCAUUAGUGUCAUAGUAAACAUGACUAUUAUUCUGAAA